AUGCUGUACGUCUUUGGAAAGCUGGUAGAAGAGGAGGAGGGUGCGCUGGGUGUGUGGACGACAUACAUAGUGUGCGCUCUUGGUGGGAGCCUGGUGUCCUUCUUUGUCAUACCAGAUGCUGUCAGCCUGGGGGCGUCCGCCGCUGUCUUUGGGCUCUUCAUCGUCAGUGUUCUCCUCAAGCUGAGUUGGAACAUCCGCAAGCUCCUGGAGGCCGCGAUCCUGGGCCAGUUCGUGUAUCAGCAGGUUGUGCGGGAAAUACAAAAUCACGUGGCUGGGGGAGUGGCCACAGCAGGCGGCCAGGUGAACCAUCUGGCGCACCUGUGUGGGGCCCUGGCAGGAGCCAUCCUUGUGUUGCUCCUGCGACAGCUACCUGAGCCUGAAGGUCAGAAAUAA